GUCUUCCUGGCCACAGACUACUUGCGGUACAAGCCCGUGGUCCUGCUGCAGGGCCUGAGCCUCAUUAUUACCUGGUUCAUGCUGCUGUAUGCCGAGGGGCUGCGGGCUAUCCAGUUCCUCGAGUUCUUCUACGGGAUGGGGACAGCUGCUGAUAUUGCCUAUUACUCCUACAUCUACAGCAUUGUCGAUAUCAACCUGUACCAGAAGGUCACCAGUUACUGCCGGAGUGCCACCCUAGUGGGCUACACGGUGGGCUCUGUGUCUGGGCAGGUCCUAGUGUCGGUGGCAGGAUGGUCCCUCUUCAGCUUGAACGUUAUCUCCCUAACCAGCAUAUCGGUUGCCUUUGGCACAGCAUGGUUCCUGCCGAUGCCACAAAAAAGCCUUUUCUUUCACCACGUCUCAAGUCAGCAGCUCAGCUGGGAAAUGAAGGUCAUGGACUGUAAAAAUGGGUCAGCUGUCCAAGAUCAUUCCAGUGUGCAGAGGGUACCUGGCUGGGAGGAUGAAACAAAAGUUCCUUUAAAUGGGGAGAGUCAUUCAGCGGAGAAACGGGAGCAGAAAGUAGACAUCGUACAAGUGCUUAAAGAUCUCUGGCAGGACUUCCUGCAGUGCUACUCCUCCCGGACCAUGCUCUGCUGGUCCGUGUGGUGGGCACUGUCCACCUGCGGCUACUUCCAGGUCAUCAAUUAUGCUCAGGGCUUGUGGGAGAUGGUGCUGCCUUCUCAUAGCACAGAGAUCUACAAUGGUGCUGUGGAAGCAGCCUCAACGCUGCUAGGAGCUGUUGCAGUGUUUGUUGUGGGUCACAUAAAAACAUCCUGGGCAAUGUGGGGUGAAGUGGCUCUUGCCCUGUUCUCAUUUCUUAUUGCUGCUGCUGUAUAUAUCAUGGACACUGUUCGUAACAUCUGGGUGUGCUACGCAUCCUAUGUUGUCUUCAGAAUUAUCUACAUGCUGCUAAUCACGAUAGCAACGUUCCAGAUUGCUACAAAUCUCAGUGUGGAGCGUUAUGCCCUCGUGUUUGGGGUCAAUACUUUUAUUGCCUUAGCACUUCAGACUCUGCUUACUUUGAUUGUUGUGGAUGCCAGUGGACUUGGGUUGGACAUCUUCACUCAGUUCAUGAUUUAUGCCUCUUACUUUGCGGCCAUCUCACUGGUGUUCCUGGGCAGUGGUAUAUACAGUAUUGUGAGAGCUUACAGAAGACAAAAGCAGAUGGAAAGCAGAUCUCCUGAAAGCCAGUAG